AUGGUGAUCAGCCUGCUGGAGACGGUCGUCAUCACCAACGUGCUCCACACCAACUCCACGAAGUACCGCGACGUGCCGCACUGGGUGGCCGAGGAAAUCACUUCUGUGGUCCAGGAGAAGCCGGACAACUCGGGGACCCGUGCCAUCCAGCCACCCGCCCAAUCAACACCGGCGCACCAAAGCCGAAACAUGUCUGGAGUGCUGCCGCUGGCUGUGCCGGAGCUCACUCAGAUCUGCCAGGACGUGAACGUGAUCCGCUCGCACAUCUCCGACCUGCAGAAGGCGAGCGAGAUGAUGGACCAAUGGUGCCACGUGGGGUACAUCCUGGACUUCCUGCUCUUCCGCAUCUACCUGAUGCUCAUCACCUGCUAUGCGGUAGUCAUCAUCUGCAUGUGGUGCAUAUGGAUCUACCAGUGACACAACACAACACACACCGCCUGGCACACACUCAUCUGAUG